AUGGACGGCGGCUUUGAAUCUGACCCACUUGCCGAAACCACCCAUUUUCCAGCCAUCCCCACUGCCGGAAUUUCCCUUUUUCCGGCCACGGCCACCUCCGACGAGGACUGUGCUCAUCCCUUGAGGACAGAUUCCAGCAGUUCCAUGUUUGGCUCUGAUGACAGCCGGAGCACCACCACAUCUGGCCGCACCACUGGUAGCUCCGGCUCCUGCACGGCGGACAGCGUCCCGUCAGAGACUGAGGCAGCCGCCGCCGUGGCCUCCCUCUCCGUUGAGGAUCUUAUGGUGGCGGAGUUCGACGCCGUUAGUAAGAGAGAUGACGUCGUCAGUUAUAGGUGUGAAAUCGUUGGUGACAGAUGUGACGUCGUCAAUGAUAGUCCUGACGCCGUUAGUGGAAGAGGUGACGUCGUCAGCGAACCAGUCAGUGAUCGAUGUUACGUCGUUGAGGGGAGAGAGGAGAGGGUUAGGGAGAGAUGUUUGGGAAAGGGGAGGGCGCUGGCCUGGGGGUCGACUUCUGUGAUAGGGGGGAGAAUGGAGAUGGAGGAUGCGUUUGCUGUGUUGACUGGUUUUCUCAGGGUGGCUUGUGAGGUGGUGGGCGGGUGCGCGGCGAUGGGGUCGAGGGACUCCUGUGAGCCAGCACCGCUUGGGUUCUUUGGGGUCUACGACGGCCAUGGCGGACCGCAGGUUGCCAACUUUUGUAGUGAGAGAAUGCACUCCGCCCUAGCGGAGGAGUGGGAAACGAGGAGCGGCCCCGCCUCUCCAUCAACCGAAGGCUGGCAAAAAUGGUGGGAGGGGGCUCUGUCGCGAUCAUUUCUAAGGGUGGACGGCGAGAUCACCGGCGCUGGAGACGAGGUGGCGGCCCUAUCCGCCGCCGCUGGGGCCGCGGAGCCAAUAGCACCGGAGAUAGUGGGGUCCACUGCGGUGGUGGUAGUGGUUUCAGGGUGUCAGAUCAUCGCGUCCAAUUGUGGCGACUCUCGUGCCGUUCUCUGCCGCGGAAAUCAGGCCAUCCCCCUCACCCUUGAUCACAAGCCUGAUCGAGAGGACGAGCUAGAGAGGAUCGAAGCGGCCGGUGGGAAAGUAAUAAACUGGAACGGCUCACGUGUUUUCGGAGUCCUCGCCAUGUCGAGAGCCAUAGGCGACAGGUAUCUAAGGCCGUCGAUAAUCCCGGACCCGGAGGUAAGCUUCACGCCGCGAACCGACGAGGACGAGUGUUUGGUUGUCGCCAGCGACGGCCUGUGGGACGUGGUCUCGAACGAGGAGGCUUGCCGGGAGGCUCGCCGCGUGCUGUCUCGGCCCAGCCGGGUGUUGCGUGAUGAAUCCGCGCCAACGCCAUCGCCAUCACCUGCUCAGGCUGCGGCCGAGCACUUGGCCAACCUUGCCAUGCACCGCCACAGCUCCGACAAUAUCACCAUUAUCGUCGUCGACCUCAAACAUAGAAGAAGGCGCCUGCCACAGAGAUAAAUAGUAGAUUUUCUCUCUUCUUUCUUCAUUCUCUUCCUACCGGAAUUUGCUGUAUAGAGUCUGAUGACGGGAUUUUAUCCCUCUCUCUAGCGAGCUGUUAAAAGAGAGAUUCCUGUCAUGGAACUUUCUCACUCUACCUGCUUGAAAUGACAUUCACUACAGCGACUGUCAAUUUCUCUUUCUCUGCUGUUUACAUCGAUUCUCUUUCUGCAAAUGCAAGAACUUUGCACGAGAAGAUAUUCAUUAGAGGGACUCUCUACAGCGGGAAUUGAGGUUUCAGACUGUAAGAUCGGGUCUCAUUAUCCUUGGAGAUCAUUUCUUACUAUCGCUGGAUUUAGUCCAGAGUUUUGGAAGUCGGAGGAUCUGUGUGGUUUUACGCCGUUCUCUUGAGUUUUUGUGGUAUAUAUAUAUGUGAAAUUGUAAGGCUUUUUAUACGGUUUUUGGAGGUGGAUCUUCUUCACUUUGAGAAGGAAGCUUUGUUUGCACAAGAUCUCCUUUGGUUUCAGGAGAUCGAAGACUGUAAUUCUUCACAAAAUGGAAAGCCAUCGCAAUGAAAAUAUUUAAGAACAGGUAUUUUCACAUUUCGUCGUUCA